GGUCGUCGAUGGUCGUCGAUGGUGGGGUGGGAUAGUUGGGUUUGAGGUGUGCCGGUCAUUUGUCUUGAAUAUUUAACAAACCUAAUCUUAAUACAGAAUUGUCCCCUCCGAUUUGUGCACUCUUAAAUUCCAUCUAAUUGAUUUAUUUGCUUGCUAUUCAUUAAGAUGGCGAGUGUAUCGUGUCAAAUAGCAAAUUUACUAGAGAAGAUGACCUCAAGUGAUAAAGAUUUUAGUUUUAUGGCAACCAGUGAUUUAAUGACAGAACUUCAGAAGGACAGCAUUAAAUUGGAUGAUGAUUCCGAACGUAAAGUUGUGAAGAUGUUAUUGCGUUUAUUGGAAGACAAAAAUGGAGAAGUUCAAAAUUUGGCCGUGAAAUGUGAUGUUAAGAGGUUGGCUGCCCUGUCACUGUGACCUGAAUGUCCGGUGUACACCAUCAAGGUAUUUGUAAGAAGAGGCUGCAAAGUGAAUUUCUAGUUCCCAUUGAAGAAGUUAUUUUUUGAAUUUAUGUCUUGGUUGUGUGUGACAGAGCUGUGUAAUAGUGUAUGUUGUUUUGGUUACAAUAAUGACGAGUGUAAAGUGAAGUUUAAUUUCUCUAGUGUGAACAUUCUAUCUUUGUGUAUAAUGUAUAGUGAUGUGUAGUGAGUGUAGUUAGCAGUGAUUUCAAGAAUGGAUAAGAUUUCCAUUCACCCACAGAUGAUUCAAAAUUUCCCAUUUUAUGUACACAUCUUGUUUGUAUGAAGAAUUCUUGUUUAUAACAAGGUGGUAUUAUAAGUGGAACACAUGCUGUGAUUGGUGUCAUGCUGGCAAUCCUG